AUGGAUUUAUACGACAUCCUAUUACAAGCUGGAUUAAUUACUGGCGCAUUGGUAACAUAUUUGGUUUAUUUUAGAAAGCCCGCGGCCAGAACUGGACUCUAUCGAGAAAAAGACUGGAAUUAUCCAAUUAAGUAUGUACUUGCGCGUUUUGCUAUAAGAAGAUGGAGGUCACAGUUGCCUACCGAAUACGUGUUGAGUGAAACCCCUAGAGAUGGUUUAACCGAAGGUUGGGACUCUAUCUCGAUACGCGCUACCGCUCCUGCCGGGCCAACACUCCAUUUAGAAAUACGGAAGUUGUGCUUGCGCAACACACUGGCCGAGGUGACAGUGUAUAUCAAGCUAUCCGAUGGGACAACGUACACAUUAGCACGUCAUGCCGAAACGUUACCAAAAGCAUGGGAAAACAUAGAAAAUGGAUGGAGCGCUCAAGGUUUAAAAAUACAGGUUUUGGAGCCGGAGAAAAGAUUGAGAAUUAUAUACAAUGGUCUUUUAACGAGUUCUGAGGACAACAUUAAACAUCAUGUUCGGUUAAAUCUUGUAUGGGCAUCGGCAACUAGUGUUAUACGUCAUCCCGAAGAUUGGAGUGAACAACUUGCCGCCCAUGCGCUAGCAAUGGAAACCUGGCGUGAUGCAUCUUGGACGCAAAUGUUGGGGAAAUGUGGCGACGGGGGUUGGUUACAAUGGGGCGCGGUGCAGGGGCGUUUCCAGGCGUACGACGCGGAGGGUUCCGUCCAUCGAAGCGAAUAUCUGCGCCUCAGAGGCGUAAGGGAGCGGAGAUGGUCCUUGUAUGGUGUUCCUUACCCCCGUCGAGCUGUUACGGUGACAGCUUCGGCAAGUGAUGGCACCGCCAUCAUGCUGCGUGGGCUGUCUUACAGAAAUGAUUUUACAGAGUUGAUAUCUGGAUGUGUCAGGUUUCCGGACUACACGAUACGGCCUUUAACCUCCACAGAUUUCAUAAUGUCUGAUUUCUGCGAAACACCAGAGUGCAUACCUAAGGCUUACACAAUAGUUUGCAGCACAAAAGGACGCACUUUGAAAUUUGUGCUAAGAAUCAAUAAUGACGGUGGCUUUUCGGGUGUUUCGCAAAAGCAAGAGUUGAUAUUUCGUACACUAGCGGUUGAUAUAAAUGGUGAACACGGCACUGGAAUACUGGAACUGGGCUACGAGUUAUUAGUAAAUACUAAACCAUUAGAAAGAUUACCACUUAAUAAGACGUUGAAGUGGACAAACGGGCUUAAAGCAGAAAAUGUGGGAUUUUGCGUAAGGUUCGAAGAUAAGGCCGCAGCCUGUCCUGCUUAUGUUGGCGGCAAAGGCGCUUCAUUAGCACUCCUUGCCUCGGUACAAAAAGAACAGGGUUAUAGAGUUCCGCCUGGCUUUUGCCUAACCACCCUGGCGUUAGAUAAACAACUAGAACAACACUCACAGCUAGUUCAAGCUAUACAAGAUAUUCAAUCUGCUAAUGAAGACUAUGAAGAAAGUAACUUUAAGCAAAAAUGUGAAAAAGCGGUGGAUUUAUUUAUGAAGAUUGAGAUAUCGAAAGACGUAAAAGAAGAAAUAUUGCGUCACUUGAGUAAUUUAAGAACACAUGCCAAAGAGCAGCAAUUGGGUCCAGAAUUAAGGUUCGCUGUGAGGUCUUCCGGAGUGGGAGAGGACAGUGAAGAAACAUCAGCGGCAGGGCAAAAUGAAACCAUUUUAGGUUGCGUUAGUGAUGCAGACGUCCUGCGGGCCGUCCAACGUUGUUGGGCGUCAAUGUUCGCCUUCACCAGUGCGUAUUAUAGAAGGCAAAACGGUCAGGCGUGUGCGUGCGGUGGCGGGGUGGUGGUCCAAGUUUUAGUGGCAGCAGGUUCAGCUGGUGUAAUGUUCACCCACCAUCCGCUUGGAGAUCCCGCGCGUCUGCUACUCACAGCAAACUACGGCCUCGGAGAGAGUGUUGUUUCUGGGUCCGUAGAACCGGACACGAUAACAGUAAAGCGGGGAGAGAGUGGUCUUAAAAUAGCUAAAAUAGAGCUCGGAUCAAAGAAACAGCGAGUUACACCAGAGGGAGAUGGAGUCGCCGUAGAAGAAGUACCAGAGUUAGAACGAGGAGUCGCCUGUCUGUCGGAAGACGAAAUACUAAAACUAGCCAAGAUCGGAGUAGCUCAAGAGGAAUUAUGGGGAGCAGGACGGGAUAUUGAGUGGGCUAUUAGCGGUGAUGAAAUAUUUUUACUACAAGCCCGUCCUAUAACAUCGCUGGAGCGUUGGACUGAAGAGGAGUUAUUGCACGAAUUGGAUUUCCCAAUAAUGUCAGAUGACGAACUCAUCACUUUUGCGAAUACUGGAGAGGUACUUCCAAAACCCCUGACGCCGUUGACUUACGACUUAGUCGUGACACCUCUAGAAAGGGGCGUGGAUCAAAUUGUAAAGAGCAACGGCGAUGGCUACGACAAGAGCGUAAUAGUGACACACAACAGGUGUGCCAUUGCCCUGUAUAACUCGGUUUAUCGCAGAGUACCACCCGAGAUUGACAUUGGCAUACGUAUGUUAGAAAUGUCUCUUCACGGUCACAAGGUCGCUGAUGAGGGAAUCUUGAGUACAGCCCUGCAUAGAAGAAGGACAAAUAUUGUUGAGAGAGCAUUAACGACAUGUAGAAUGUUUUUGUGUGUAUUCGAAACAAAAUCGGCGAUGAAUAACACAAUUAAAGGAGUCCAUAAAAUGGAUUUAGAUAUUGAGAAAGACGACCCAUUAAAGUUUUUCGAUACAAUAUCGGGAAAGACAAGUGAAAUGCAGUCGUAUUCCUACAACCAUAGCAUAACGAGCUCAGCAAGCACAAUUACACAGUUUGUAGCAAUGAGUGUGCUAUUAGAAGGCAAAACAGAUUUUACUCCCGAGCAAUGCAACGAAAUCAGUGUAUUGCUAAGCUCCGGCGAUGUUCUGUCAGCCGAAGUUCCUCUGGCGUUGGCGGAUUUAACUAAAAAAUUGGAAGAAACGGGCAAAAUCGAAGAGUUUCGUCAACAGGAUCCCGAGUCUGCAAUGAAUUGGUUGCGUAAUAAGCUGCCCCAGGUGCAUGCCGAUAUUUGUAAAUUCCUUGAAACUCACGGUCACAGAGCUAUAAUGGAGUUCGAUUUAGCAACAAAACCGUGGGCGUUGGUUCCAGAGGAAUUCAUUAAAGUCCUCCAAUGUAUGCGGUCGACUAAAGAAAAUCCAGUAUCCAAGAGUAACGCAGAAAUAGUAGCUUCCCUCAAGACACCGCAAAAGACAAGUACAAGGAGAGCCCUGCGCUGGAUACUGCCUUUGUGCCAUCGAUCUGUCCGCCAUCGGGAGGGAACAAAGGCGAACUUAAUUCUCGCCGUGCACAAGUUGAGAUUGGCAGUUCGGCGCUUGGCCAAGUUGCUGGUGCGCCAAUGGUACCUCCCUCACCCCGACUUGAUAUUCUUCUUCAGAGCGAAAGAACUCCGCGAUUACAUUGUGGGGAGAAAUCCCUCAUUAUUGAAGAAGGCUAUACAGCGACAACAAUUCUAUCCCGGUUGGUGCAAGCUCAAAUUCGCCGAAAUCAAUACUGGAUGGCUGGAGCCUCUUAGCUCUCAGGGCCCACGUGUAACGGCGGGCGAUGUUAAAAUUGAGGCGACUUCAGUCUGUGGGGGAGAGGUCGUCGGCAGAGCGUGCGUUGUUAAGGACCUGUCGGAGAUUGAUCAGCUGCGGCGAGGAGAUAUAUUAGUGACGCAUUCAACUGACAUCGGUUGGUCACCAUACUUUCCGCUUUUAACUGGCAUCGUCACCGAACUCGGUGGCCUCAUUUCACACGGUGCCGUGAUAGCUCGAGAAUACGGUUUGCCUUGUAUCGUUGGCGCAACGAACGCCACGGACACGUUUGUGACUGGCGACACAGUUCGCUUGUCGGGCACUCGUGGAAUCGUCGAGAAGGUGCAAGUUGAACAAGAUAUGGCAAUUGACGAGCCAAAAAUA